AUGACAGUGAAUUAUAUGGAUUCAAAACCAAUUUUCGCAAUUGGCACUUUAAAGGAAUUUCCUCAAUUCAAAGAUUAUACUUCAGAAUUCAUGAAUAACGCUUGGCCUACGUUUUUUGGGAGAUUUACUGGUGACGAAGAACUGUAUUCAAUUUUGUAUACAGAGUGGAUUGAAUAUCAGGUUGUGUGCUUUGAUCCGUCUAAAAAUAAGCCAUUGGGCUAUGGUUUUGUAGUUCCAAUACACUAUGAUGGUAAUUUGGAUAAACUUCCUGACGGUUGGAAUAAUGCCAUUCUACAAGCAUUAGAUGAUUAUUCUUCAAAGAAAAAUCCAACAGCACUCAAUGGUAUGGCCAUCAUUGUAGAUCCAGAUGCACAGAAGCAAGGUAUUAGCUUGGAAAUAAUAAAGAAGAUCACUGAUAUAUGUCGUCAGCAUAACUUCCAUUCAUUUAUUGUUAAUGUUCGUCCAAUUCUAAAACAUCAAUAUCCACUCAUUCCCUUAGAAAAAUACGCUCACUGGACGAUACCAACCGGAGAGCCAUUCGAUCCUUGGAUACGCACACACGUUCGCGCAGGUGGGGAAAUAGCACACGUUUCGUCAGAUGCUGUGGUGAUUAAAGGAACCAUCGAUCAGUGGCAGACGUGGACUGGUCUGAGCUUUCAAGACAGCGGAGAAUAUAUUGUAAAAGGUGCUUUGGUCCCAAUCACUAUAGACCUUGAAAAUAACAUAGGAAUCUAUCGUGAACCUAAUAUAUGGAUUAUUCACACCAUUAAUCCCAAUUCUACAAGUUCUUAA